AAUUCAUCCUGCGCGUUUGAGUAGCGACGCACCUUCACAUGCGUUAGCAUUAGCAAGCUGAGUGAGUUUACCAACGGACUGAGAACACCAGUUUGGUCUUUUGUAUUAACUUUUUAUUCAUCUUUUAAUUUUAUAGUUCUGUGUGAAACAUGGCGCCAAAGAAGAGGUCUGGAGCCGCUGGGACAGUCAGUAAGCAAACAGGUAAAGCCCUCGCUGAUUCCUCUGAUGGUGAAGGAGGUGGGAAAAGAAAGAGAGCAGCAGCAACAAAAGAGUCUGAGUCACAGAGAAAGCCGAGUUCAGCCUCAGAGAAAGCCAAGUUCAGCCACUGGCUGAUGAAGUCUGAACCUGAGAGCAGGAUGGAGAAUGGAGUGGAUGUGAAGUUUGGAAUUGAGGACCUGAAAGCUCUCCCCAAUCAAACAAGCUGCUGGGACGGAGUGAGGAAUUAUCAGGCUCGUAACUUCAUGAGAGAUAUGAAAGUGGGUCAGCAGGCUUUCUUUUACCACAGCAACUGUAAAGAGCCAGGAAUAGCAGGCAUUAUAAAGAUUGUAAAGGAAGCGUAUGUUGACUAUACACAGUUCGACAAGAAAGGCGUGCACUAUGAUCCAUCCAGCAAACCUGAGAACCCUAAGUGGAGUAUGGUGGAUGUGCAGUUGGAGAGGAUGACCAAGCGCUUCAUUCCACUGACUGAGCUGAAGAAGUUUCACCUGAAGCACAAGAGCAGUGGAGGAGCGCUCAGGAACAUAGCCCUGUUCACCACAGCUCGGCUUUCGGUGCAGCCCUUAACUGCAGAGGAAUUUGACUUCAUCUUGAGUUUGGAAGACACAAACCCCCUAUAAGGACAAAAACUACUGUAGGUUGUAUCCUGGGUCUUUGAAGCCGGACUUUUCUGUACAUAAUAACCCAAGGCAGGCAUAAUAUCACACGUUCACGAAGCCCGUAUCCACCAGGAUUGAUUAUUUGGGUUUACAAAGUGUUGCUCUGUAUAGGAAAAUCUAGUAAACCAUUGUCACUUGUUGCAAGUAAACCAGUUUUGAAUAAAUCAUUGAAUUAUGGAGGAAUAAACUGACCCAAAGUUUGAAAAGUUUA